AACCAAUGAGUCUUUUGGUGCUACGUGCUGACUGUUCGAAGGUUUACUGCAGUUUCCCUCACAAAAAUAGUUUUGAGAUAUUUUCUUUGUCUUCAAUUUUAAUGAAACUUUUGCCUGCUAAGUCAAUUUAGGAUAAGAGUGAACUACCGACAUGGUUUAUUGGAUUGUUGCGACGUUGGCACUUUUUUCUCUCCAAACUUCAGCAUAUGUGCCAUACAAUGACUCAGGACUCAACCUGAGGACAUUUGCAGGGACCUUCCUGUCGGUGACUGAUGAGCCCAUCGACUACAUAGGGCUGGACGUACAGGAGGGCAGUGGCUCAGGGAUGGGGCAGGAGCCUGUGAAGAAGCAGGAGCAUGGCCAUCACGGCCCCCGCCGCUCCACCAAGAUCGUAAUCUCUGAGGAGGCCCGCAGCUUCCUCCAGGGUCGCUUAGCAACGGCCUUCAUCCCCACAGUCUACACCCUGGUCUUCAUCAUCAGCGUCCCCCUCAACCUGAUUGCCGUGGUGAUGUUUGUGCGUCGUAUCCGUCCGAGGAAGCCGGCGGUGAUCUACAUGCUGAACCUGGCCAGUGCUGAUCUCCUCUUCUCCCUGCUGCUCCCCUUCAGGAUCUCCUACCAUUUCCACGGCAACGACUGGGUUUAUGGCCCCUUCAUGUGUCGCCUGGUGACAGCAGCCUUCUACUGCAACAUGUACUGCUCCGUCCUGCUCAUGAUGUGCAUCAGCAUCGACCGCUUCCUGGCCGUGGUCUACCCCAUGGACUCCCUGACAUGGCGUAGUCCACAGACGGCCUCUGUGGUCUGUGGCGCCAUGUGGCUGUUGGCCUUGGGAGGAGUGACCCCCCUCCUGCUCUCCAGACAGACCAUCCACCUCCCGGACGUGGGCAUCACCACCUGCCAUGACGUGCAGGAUGUAGACAAGCUCCGUGCCUACUACCUCUACUUCUUCCCCAUCUACUCCUCCAUCUUCUUCUUCAUCCCUCUGGUGUUCACCGCUGUGUGCUACGUCCGCAUUGUGCAGGCCCUGGCUGCGGCCAACGUGGAGAACCGCUCCAGGAAGACUCGUGCGGUGGUGAUGGCGGUAACGGUGCUGGUGGUGUUUGUGGCCUGCUUCACCCCCACCAACGUCAUCCUCCUGGUGCACUACCUCAAGCUGGCCCACGGACACAGUGACAGCUCCUACCAGGCGUACCUGCUCUCCAUGUGUGUGGGCAGCCUCAGCUGCUGCCUGGACCCCCUCAUCUACUACUUUGGUUCGUCCCAGUGCCAGAGACAGGUGGCAGCCCUACUGGGCUGCAGAGAGGCCGGGCCAGGGGCAGAGCUCAGCUCUCAGACAGGCAGUACCAGGACCAGCAGGCUAGAGAGCAUUCAGAGCACUGUGGGCAGUCAUUACAGGAAGCUCAUGGCCUGACGCCUUGGACUGCGAAUUGGAACAAACUCUAGCGCUGCAUCUCGAUAGUCUAGAGCAGGGUUUCUUAAACUAUGUGUCAGGACCCAAAGUGGGCCCUGGGCAUGUGAGGUAGGUCGCUAGUUAUGAUCUACAUCUAUAAUCACUAGGGCUAUCAAACUAAAACAUUUCAUCGAGUUAAUCGCAGAAUUUGCAGUGAUUAAUCGCGAUAAAUCGCAAAUUCUGAAUUAUCUCAUUGAGCUGUAAAUUACAAAUUUUAUACAAAAAUCAUUACAAAAAUAUUGACGUCUUGAUUUUGUCCAAAGUAACAGUAAGCAAAAUCUGUUAAAUUGAUAAAGCACACUUUCUUUGACCUCAAUGUCAACUUCUUUUGACAUCGAAUUGUUGUUUUUAGCAGUAUAGAUUAUGUAUUUUGGUUGCCUGACAACUCAAACUGAAUUCUUCCGCUGCUCUAUGUUCGCUACAUACUUCAGUCAGACUGCCAUCAUUGAAGUCGU